GCGAUUUAGCCGAUGGAAGCGCAUCCUCGCGCGGCGCCGACGGCGUAUCUCAAUUUGGCCGAGUUUCAGCGCGGUGGAGAGUGGGCGGAAACGAAGACACCGCCGCCAUCCAACGCGUCGUCGUCGCCGUUGUCUCUCUCGAGCUCUACCGCGUCGCGCUUACCUUUCCUUCGAAUUGCAUCGCAUGGUGAUCAUCGCCGAACAUAUCACAAGGUGCUUGUCUUUCUCUUCAUCCUAUUGCUGGGCAUUGUUGGAGGGCCGAUGAACUACGCUUCCAAACGAGCCGUGAAUGCGCUGCUCGACGUUCGGCACUCUCUUGCCACAUCCACGUCGUCGGUCGCAUGGAACGACGUUCUGUGGACAGUCUACUCUGUAACUCUUCUUUUCCUUGCGAUCUUGUGGACCAAGUUGUCUCCUUCCGCCAUCGGUUCUGGCGUUUCCCAAAUGAAGGUUGUGCUCACAGGAGUCGACCCAAACUUGUACCUUCCGGGCUACUUCUCGUUGAUGACGUUGGUGGCCAAGCUCGGCGGUCUCAUCCUUUGCAAUGGGGCGGGGCUCGUUGUUGGGACCGAAGGCGCAUGGACUCACCUCAUGUCGAUCUUGACCCACCAACUGCUUCGCCUUCCGAUCUUUGCAUCGCUUCAAACCAAGCCGUCCACGCGACUGCAGCUCCUCGCAGCUGCAUCCGCCGUCGCUGUCUCGUCCACGUUCGCAUCCCCCCUCGGCGGCGUUCUCUUCUCCAUCGAAGUCACCGCAACGUACUACCUCAUUUCAAACUACAUGAAGGCCUUCCUCGGGGCCGUCGGCGCGGCAAUUGUGGUGCAGGUCACUACAACGAUCGUCCAAGACGACGUGGCGGCAUCCGCAUACCCCACCGACUUUCCUCACUCGCUCGUCCACAUUGUGAAUCUCCCGCUCGCGCUCCCGUUGGGUGUGUUGCUCGGAUUGCUUUCGUCGUUGCUCAUCCGCCUGGUGCGCUUGCUCUCCGACAAGCGCACCGCGUGGCGCAACUCGUCGUCUCCACUCGUGCGCGUGUUUGUCACGUGGGUCGAUCCAUUUUGCGUGGUUGUCCUGACGUCCGUCGUGACGUUCUCGCCGUCAGCGUACGUCUCGCCGGCCGACCUUCCCCGCUAUUACUUUUCCACAACAAACGCGACGGCGACCCCCGUCUCGCGCGCUCUCAUGGACGGCCUCCUGCCACUGGCGCUCCUUCCUCUCGCCAUCACACUGGCCGUCCCGAGCGGCGUCGGUCUCCCCACGUUUGCCAUGGGCGCCGCCCUUGGCCGACUCUACGGCGACCUCCUCGUCCACAUGUUUCCCGAUCUACACGUCCUUCCCCAAGCGUACGCUCUCAUGGGGGCGGCGUGCAUGACGGGCGGCUCGACGCGAACUGUGUCGACCGCCGUCAUUGCGCUCGAGACGACCGCCAGCUUGGCCUUCAUGCUACCUGUGUUUGCCGCAACGCUUGUCGCGAUCGAAACAUCCAAAGCGGUCGUGACCGAAUCGAUCUACGACGCCACGGUCAACGACCUGCCGUACAUGCCGUGCCUCGACUUUUACGCGGACACUACGGCCGACGACAUCAAGGAGACUCAAGUGGUGUACGUCACCCGCAAGCCGUCGAUCCUGUCGAUUCUGGUCGCGCUCAACCGCAUGCCUGGCCACGAGAUUCCCGUUGUCGAGUCGGAAGGGAACCGCAUGCUCCUCGGCCGCAUCUCGUCUCGUGCGCUGUGCCGCGUCGUCGCUCGGUACUACGCCGCGGCGGAUUUAGGUAUGCCGACCGAGUGUGAUGGAGUUGCCACAAAGUGGACGUGCGUUGCGAGCCUGUUUCGCAUGGCUCGACUCGAAGCAAGUUGCGUGUAGCUCUUCCCAAACUUGAGCAUCGUUGACGUAGGUGACUAUCGAGCCGACUGCGGCCUGGACGUUGCCCCGGCGGCCGAUGCUGCCGUCGGGGACAUCGCGACGGCCACCGACAACUCGACGUGGGUUUCGAUCAAGUCGGCCGUGACAAGCUUGAAUCGCGCGACGACGAGCGACUUUACGAAAAAUUCCGUCGAUCGACUGUACUACCGCGAGCCAGGCUCGCCGUCGGACGCGCUGGAACGUGGGAAUGGCGGGCUUCGCGCCGCCAACAUCGUGGCGCUGCUCAGCCAAACGUGGAGUGUGGAGAAGUGCGAACUGCUUCGACAUGGCACGACCAAGCUCCCCGCGUCGGCGGUGCAGGCGCUGCCGAUUUCCGUCUCGAGCAACACCCUCCUCGAAGACAUUCACAUGAUAUUCCAAAUGCUGCGGCUGGACCACUGCUUUGUCACGCACCACGGCGCCCUCGUCGGCGUUGUGACUACGAAUGCCGUCAUCAGCGCGAGUCGCGGCGACAGAAAACGCAGCAGGCGUUCUUGGUAAUCACGGCGAUCACGUGUGUAUUUAAUCGACGGGUGUUCGUUGUUGUCCCCGAUCGACUCGAUGGACGGCGGCGCACAACCCACGCGAGUGUGCGAACACGAAGAUGGAGUGGCUUUUAUUUGUGGAGGUGUGUCGAAGACUUGGAUGUGCAUGGUGCGGCGGCCAUCCUGUCGUUCUAGCGAGCCGCCCUCGACACGGUGUGUCUCUGAUGGGUGUCCGACGUCCCAAACGACGACGCAAUCGCUUUCGAUGCAGCACC